GAGACUUUUGAAUUGUGGGUUUGAAGGGUCCCAGUUACAGUCUAUACAUUCGCUGAUCUCGAAGAGGAAUACCGAUUGCUAUAUUUAACAGGACUCGCAUACCUCAACAGCAUGAAAUUUAGGAUUCGCGGGCCUUCCGGCGUCACAACAGCUACCAUUCCAGAUACAGCCACAAUACAAGUCCUUCGAGAAGAAAUAUUAAAGACAACUUCGCUUCAGGCUUUUGACUUGAAGAUUGGAUAUCCCCCCAAACCACUUCUACUCGAUGAGUACUCUCGCUCAGCAGGACUGAGUGAGCUGGGAAUUCAGCUCCAUGGGGAGCAGCUCAUCGUGAGCACCAAAGAGAAUCCCCAUAAAAACCAAUCUCAAUCUGAUCCCACGUCUAAAGACACACAGAGAUACCCAGCAACACCGAUCAACAACUCUGAUUGGGAUAUUAAUCUGCCGGAAAAGACACAGGCCUCUGCGGGAAGGGCUGGACAAUCGAACGCAUCUAAUUCGUUUCCCCCAUUAAUACAAAGAAGUGACGACAAUGAUCCGCCGGAACUGGCAGUCCCUUCUCAUGGCGGAACCUUGGUACUUCGAAUCAUGCCCGAUGAUAACUCGUGCCUUUUUCGCGCCUUUGGGAGUUCCUUUCUGGGCUCCGUUGACAGCAUGACCGAGCUCCGUUCUCUUAUAGCUCAGAAUAUCCAGGCGCAACCAGAUCUAUAUUCAGAGGCUGUUCUCGAACAAAAGCCGGACGACUACUGCAGAUGGAUACAGACAGAAGAUGCCUGGGGAGGUGGAAUCGAGCUUAGUAUUCUCAGUAGUCAUUUUGACAUUGAGAUAUGUUCAAUAGAUGUCCAGACAUUAAGGGUAGACAGGUUCAACGAAGGUCGCCCGUUGAGAUGCAUCCUGGUAUACUCGGGCAUACAUUACGAUGCCAUCGCUCUUUCUCCUUCAGAUCCACCAUACCACCGCAGCUAUGCUCCUCCUGAUUUUGAUACGAAGGUUUUUGAUUCGGCGGACAGCAUAAUACUGAGCACUGCUACAGAGCUUUGCCGCGCUCUACAACAAAAGCAUUAUUUUACCGACACCGCAAGCUUUGCCGUUAGGUGUAAUGUUUGCGGUGGAACUUUUGUCGGAGAAAAAGGCGCCACCGAACACGCCAAACGAUCUGGACAUCAGGAUUUUGGAGAAGCAGAAUAAAUUGUAUUGGCACUAGUGAGCAGACGGCGGAAUACUUAUUUGGCCGACUCGCGUCUCUCUCUCAUUCCACGUGGCUAGCAACGCCAAGCGAUACAGGAGGAGAAUAAGAAGAUCACAUUAUCUGGAACAUUCCG